CCCGCCAACGCCAAUGGCCCUGAAAAUCAGAGCUCACUGUCUGCAACUGACUUUGUUUCCUUUGGUUUUUCCUACCCUCCAAUUAUCUUUGGUCGCCAAAAGUAUUGGCUUUUUUUUUUUUAACUCUCAUGGGUUUGUCAAUAUUGGCUUGUUGAAACUUAUUUCUGUACUUGUUCAAAGUUCAGACCUUCUUAAUUGGUGGCUAACCUGUUUUGGGGAAUCCUAAAUCAAAGGGUCGUUUUCAAUUUUUAUGUUUGAAGAGAAAUUUUUUCUUUUGUCAACUUCCGUUGUUUUGCUUGUUUCCCGAGAAAAAAAAAAAGAAAACACAAGAGAAUUUAGCCUUUUCUUCUAUUUCCCUGGAAAGUAAACAGAAACUGGGCUGAACAAGGCAAAUGCAAUGUCAUAUAAGUGAUUUACGAUCGAGUGUUUGAAACAAAGCAUAAAUGGAAACUGGAAAAGGGUUGAUGGAGAAGAAAGGAACAAACGAUGUUGUACUGCAUAUUUCAAGCCCUGAGGAAUCACUUGUCUUCAAAACAGAAAAUGAUUCUAAAGGCUCUUACGAGUUGACAGAGUUUGAGAAUCUUAGAGUCCGAGUCUCAACUACUCCUACUCCCAUACCAUCUCCUUCUCAUCCUAGUGAGGUUGCAAGGAUGAGUCCAGUUCCCAAUAAACCCCCCAAAAUUCCCAUUGAUAAGAAGCUUACUCCAAGAAAGUCCCUUGCAAGAUCAGCGUUUUCUAAGCCCAAAUCCAGAUUGGUUGAGCCAUCCUAUCUAAAUGAUGCUAAAUUGGUGGAAGAAAAUAGUGCCCAGAUUUUGAAUCCAAGCUCUUCACCUUAUAGGAGAUCCCCUGCAGCAGCAGCAGCUACUCCUAAAGAGAGUCUGAGAUCAGCUCCUAUUACUCCAAAAACUCCUUUGAUCUCACCAGGCCUAGAGGAGGAAGAUGAGGAGGAGGAGGUUUACAAGACUGCUGAUCUUAAAGUAAGUGCAAAAUCAGGUAAGAAAUGGAAAAUUUUUCUUUGGUUUGAGAUUAUGACAUUUGUUUGCACUAUGGGGCUUCUUGUUGCUAGUUUAACUGUGGACAAACUUGAAGAAACUAGGAUCUGGGGUCUGGAAUUGUGGAAAUGGUGUGUGUUGGUAUUGGUCAUUUUCUGUGGUAGAUUGUUUACUGAAUGGAUGAUGAAUAUUGUUGUUUUCUUGAUUGAAAAGAACUAUCUGCUUAAGAAGAAGGUUUUAUAUUUUGUUUUUGGAUUGAAAGGGAGUGUUAGGCUAUUUGUUUGGUUGGGUUUGGUCCUUCUCGCAUGGGGUUUGUUGUUUAACCGCGGAGUUAAAAGAUCAAAGGAAGCCAAUAGGGUUCUAAAUUAUAUUACUAGGGCCCUUGCAUCCUGUCUCAUCGGAUCAGCUAUAUGGCUGGCCAAAACCCUUUUUGUUAAGUUAUUGGCUUCUUCUUUCCAGUGUAAUAGAUUCUUUGAUAGGAUUCAGGAAUCAAUUUUUCAUCAGUACGUUCUCCGAGCUCUAUCGGGGCCUCCGGUUAUGGAGAUGGCCGAAAAUGUUAGGAGUAGUAGGAGCAUUGGCCAGUUGAGUUUCAAGAAUUUGAUGAAGGAAAAAGGAGGGGAAAAGCAAGAGGUGAUUGAUGUGGACAGGCUUAAGAAAAUGAAGCAAGAGAAGGUAUCUGCUUGGACCAUGAAAGGAUUAAUCAAUGUGAUAAGUGGUUCAGGGCUGUCUACCAUUGCUAAUUACAUUGAAGAUGUUGAGGAUGAAGAGAAUGAGCAAAUGGAUAAGGAGAUAACCAGUGAGUGGGAAGCAAAGGCCGCUGCAUAUCGUGUAUUCAAGAACGUUGCAAAGCCUGGUAGCAAGUACAUCGAAGAGGACGAUCUAUUACGAUUCAUGAAAAGAGAAGAAGUGGACAAUGUGCUUCCAUUGUUUGAAGGAGCUUUAGAAACUGGAAAGAUCAAGAGAUCAACUUUCAAGAAUUGGGUGGUGAAUGUUUACUUAGAACGCAAGUCAUUGGCACAUUCCUUGAAUGACACCAAGACAGCAAUUGAAGAGCUUAACAAGCUCGUCUCAGCGGUGGUGAUUGUUGUAACAAUCAUUGUGUGGUUACUUCUGAUGGGAUUCUUAACAACCCAAAUACUCGUUUUCAUUUCAUCUCAGCUCUUACUUGUGGCAUUCAUGUUUGGUAACACUGCAAAGACCGUAUUUGAAGCCAUCAUAUUUGUAUUCGUGAUGCACCCUUUUGAUGUUGGUGAUCGCUGUGUAAUCGAUGGAAUACAGAUGAUCGUUGAAGAGAUGAACAUUCUGACUACCGUGUUUCUGAGAUAUGACAACGAGAAAAUAUUCUAUCCUAAUUCAGUUCUAGCAACCAAACCGAUCAGUAACUUCUAUAGGAGUCCAGAGAUGAGUGAUUCCGUAGAGUUCACAGUUGAUGUUUCCACAUCAAUAGAGCAAAUUGGAGAGUUGAAAGCUAAAAUAAAAGAGUAUGUUAAGACUCAACUGUCUUUGAUUGUUCAAUUAUGCAAUACUGUGUUGAUAUGGGCAUGCAACGUUGUUAUCAGGUAUCUGGAGAGCAAGCCUCAACAUUGGCGACCUGGACAUAGUGUACAAGUGAAGGACAUUGAAAAUGUGAAUAAGAUGAAAAUGGGUCUUUAUGUGACUCACACCAUAAACUUUCAGAACUAUGGAGAUAAGAGCAGCCGGAGAUCAGAACUGGUGUUGGAACUGAAGAGAAUUUUUGAAGCUCUAAAUAUUAAAUACCAUCUUCUGCCACAAGAAGUUCAGGUCACCUAUGUUGGCUCACUUGCAUCACCACUUCAACAACCUGCUCCAUGAUGGUCUCAUUACUCUACUUUCCUCAAGUUCUUCUGUGCUGCAACCUUGUGUGAUUAUUGUAGAUACCCAUUUUUGUCCGAGCCCAAUUAAGGCUCAUUUAGAUUUUUGUUCUCUCUUGCGCCGUUGGAAGCCCACCCAAUUUUAGUCAAUUUGAAGCCUAUGUUUUUUUC